CCUCUCUCUCCAUACUCACCAAAAAAAUGGUCGGUUAUUAGGCAAUUACCUGGAACAGUCAUCGUCGAAGUCAACUCGACCAGCAAUGACACUCGAGCAAUCAGGUCAAAAAGUUUGCCUAUUUUGUCUUGAGCUUCCAUGAAUUGUGCUCCAAAUGCGGCCAAAGGAUGGCUCGUUCACGUGGGGAGCUGUUGAAUUUGAGUCGGUGCUUUUGGCGCAAGCACAUCGCUUUUGAAUGAGGGGCAACGCACGGGCCAUGCAACCAGCUCGACCCCUACCAGGUAAGGUAACAGCGCUCCAGGGACUUGGGCCCCAUCUGGCAUCGUCGAGAAAGGCUGUCCUUCCUUUGCCUCCUCAGUGGCUUCCUCAUUAUUCAGACCCCUUCCGAGUAUCGACAAAGCCCAGCAUCACACACUCGCCAUGUCUCUCCAGAUUCCGCACCGCGAAAAGUCCAACGGCGCUGGCGGCGCGACGAAGGCCGUGAUCCUGGUCGGAGGUGCCUCGCGUGGCACUCGCUUUCGCCCGCUCUCCCUCGACGUUCCUAAGCCCCUCUUCGAAGUCGCCGGCCACCCCAUCAUCUGGCACUGUCUGACUGCCAUCGGAAAAGUCCCCUCCAUCCAGGAAGUCUACCUCAUCGGGUACUACGAGGAAUCCGUCUUCCGCGACUUCAUCAAGGAUGCCGCGACCGAGUUCCCCAACCUCGCCAUCAAAUACCUCCGCGAAUAUCAGGCGCUGGGUACUGCUGGCGGUCUCUACCACUUCCGCGAUGCCAUCCUCAAGGGCCGCCCCGAGCACAUUUUUGUUUUGAACUCGGACGUCUGCUGUAGCUUUCCGCUCAACGAGAUGCUCCAGCUAGCUCAAGAGAAGGACGCCGAGGCCGUCAUUCUGGGGACGCGUGUUAGUGAGGAGGCCGCCACCAAUUUCGGUUGCAUCGUGUCCGACUCGCACACCCGCCGCGUACUGCACUACGUCGAGAAGCCCGAGAGCCAUAUCUCGAAUCUCAUCAACUGCGGUGUCUACCUUUUCUCCGCCGACGUGCUCUUCCCCUCGAUCCGCAGCGCCAUCAAGCGCCGCACCGACCGUCCCCGCCUGGCUUCGUACCGCUCCUCCGACAACCUGGCGAGCUCCUUCAUGAUCGAUGACGACGAGGAAAACCAGAAGAACGAGGUCAUCCGCCUCGAGCAGGACAUCCUCGGCGACAUGGCCGACAGCAAGCAGUUCUUUGUAUACGAGACCAAGGACUUUUGGCGCCAGAUCAAGACCGCUGGCUCCGCCAUCCCCGCCAACGCCCUUUACCUCCAGAAAGCCCUCCAGAGCGGGUCCAAGGACCUCGCUGCCCCCUCCGCCAACAUCAUUCCUCCCGUUUACAUCCACCCCUCCGCGCAGGUGCACCCCACUGCCAAGCUGGGCCCCAACGUUUCGGUUGGUCCGCGCGCCACCAUCGACGCCGGCGCCCGCGUCAAGGAGUCGAUCGUCCUGGAGGACGCUGAGAUCAAGCACGAUUCUUGCGUGCUGUACUCUAUCAUUGGCUGGAGCAGCCGCGUGGGCGCGUGGGCCCGCGUCGAGGGCACGCCCAUGCCGGUGACCAGCCACAACACCAGCAUCAUCAAGAACGGCGUCAAGGUACAGGCGAUCACCAUCCUGGGCAAGGAGUGCGCCGUCGGUGAUGAGAUCCGCGUACAGAACUGCGUCUGCCUGCCAUUUAAGGAACUGAAGAGGGACGUUGCCAACGAGGUGAUCAUGUGAGAAGGUCAUAAAAGGGGGAGAUACCCGAACGGCUACGCCCAGGGGGUGCCGAGGACCAACCUUUCUGCAAUUCUCUAGCGUGCUACAAUGCGAGGUCAUCAAAACACUAAUAGACGGAUGGGCCAGAUCGUUCUUGGCUUACACUUCAUCACGACGUGCCAAAUCAGGGAUUUUGGCCACCGAUGAGCACUGCGACACUACUAUGCAUGGUGGAGACCGUUAGUCUUCCAUAGAUGGAAAUAGACAGGUUUUCAAGUG